AUGGCUUGGCUACAAACGCACGCCGAGAGUCGCCGCCGCGGCCGCUCUCGGCCGCGCCGGAGACUUCAAACGAGGCCAGCGCGGCCCAGCACUCGCGGCGAGUUCGCGGGCGGCGGCGUGGGGGUGGCCGCAGCAGCCUCAGGCGCGGUCACCGCCUCUCCGCCCGGUGCCGCCCGCUUCCUGUCGGCAUCCUGGGAGCCCCUCCAGCGAGAGAUGCUCUGUCAUCCUGCGCGAAGCCUGGUCCAAGGCGGGGGCCGGCGUUCAGAGGUCAGCCCGGCUCCGGAGCAGAGUGCGCGACUGCGGUCUCCAGGUAGAACCGCUUUCCGGGCCUGGGCGGUCCUUGGCGUCUCAGCCCCAGCCCGAAGGAUACCCGGGGGCAGGCGGCAGCCACCAGUGAGCGCCAUUGCUAGGUGCCUUAAGCCACUUGGUUUUGUGCACACGAAUGCUCUACCAAGUCUGGAGUGGGACCAGAGAUUGUGCCGUUCUAACAACCUUCCAGGCGACGCUGAUGUUGCUGGUCUGCAGACCACAUUCGGAGCUGUGCGUCGCGGGAGCCGCCGGACGGCAGCCACGGCGGCCUUGCGACCCCCGAGGAGGGCCCUGCUUCCUCUCUGCCGCGCCUUCUCUGGCGGCGGCUGCCAGCCAGCCCCCGAGCGCGGUGGUGAGUGCAGGGAUGCCGCGCCGAGCCGGGUCUCAAGAGUCUGCCCUCCAAGAAAAUCUUGCCAUGAUUGGAUAGGACCCCCAGAUAAAUAGUCAAACCUUCGACCUGUUCACUUUUACAUCCCUGAAAAUGAAUCACCAUUGGAACAAAAGUUAAGAGAAUUAAGACAAGAAACACAAGAAUGGAACCAACAGUUCUGGGCAAACCAGAAUUUGACUUUUCUUAAGGAAAAAGAAAACUUUAUUGACUCAAGACUAAAAGCCAAAGGCCUGGAACUGAGAGCUGAAUCAGGUCAAAAAGCAACAUUGAAUGCAGAAGAAAUGGCUGACUUUUACAAGGAAUUUUUAAGUAAAAAUUUUCAGAAGCACAUGUAUUACAACAGGGACUGGUACAAGCGUAAUUUUGCCAUCACCUUCUUCAUGGGAAAAGUGGCCCUGGAGACGAUUUGGAACAAGCUUAGACUGAAACGAAAGAAGACCAGCAAUUAGGAGCCCGCCCUGACCCACCCGC